AUGGGUACUGGAAAGAAGGAGGCCACCCGGCGCGAGCGCCAGGGUAAAGGUGGUGAUGGUCUCAACAAUGUUCGCACCAAGGGCGAAAACUUCUAUCGCGAUGCGAAGAAGGUCAAGCACCUUAACAUGUACAAGGAGGGCAAGGCGCAAAGAAACGCUGAAGGCAAGAUCACCAAGGCUGCCUCGUUCCAGUCGCGCGACGUUCCCAACGCUCGUAUCGAGCCGAACCGCAAGUGGUUUACAAACACUCGAGUCGUCUCCCAGGACACCCUCAACGCCUUCCGUGAGGCUAUGGAUGAGAAGGCUCGUGACCCAUACCAGGUUCUUCUCAAGUCAAACAAACUUCCUAUGAGCCUGAUUCGCGAUGGGAAGGAGAAAGACACCGAGAAUGGGAUCAAGCAGCACAAGGCCAAGAUGACUGUCGAGACGUCGCCUUUCUCUGAAGUCUUCGGCCCCAAGGCGCAACGCAAGCGAGUCAAGCUUGGUGUCAGCAGUCUCGACGAUCUGGUCGGCGACACUGAGAAGAGCAUGGACACAUACCGUGACCGUCUGGAACAGCAGAAGCUUCUCAGUGGUGCCUCCGGUGAUCCUGAGACUCUUGGUGAUGCUGAUAAGCCACUCACCAUGUCGAUCGAGCCUGUAUUUGAUAAGGGUCAAUCCAAGCGUAUCUGGAACGAACUGUACAAGGUCAUCGAUUCAUCAGAUGUUGUUAUCCACGUUCUGGAUGCUCGAGAUCCUGUUGGAACCCGUUGCCUGAGUGUUGAAAAGUAUUUGAAGGAGGAGGCGCCUCACAAGCACUUGAUCUUUGUCCUGAACAAGUGUGACUUGGUUCCUACUAGUGUAGCAGCUGGAUGGGUUCGCAGUCUCUCCAAAGAGUAUCCUACUCUUGCAUUCCACGCUUCCAUCACAAACUCCUUCGGAAAGGGUUCACUCAUCCAACUACUCCGACAAUUCUCCUCCCUACACGCUGAUAGAAAACAAAUCUCUGUCGGACUGAUUGGUGGUCCCAACACUGGAAAGUCCUCUAUCAUCAACACCCUCCUCAAGAAGAAGGUCUGCAAUGUCGCGCCUAUCCCUGGCGAGACCAAAGUAUGGCAAUAUGUCAGUUUGAUGAAGCGCAUUUACUUGAUCGAUUGUCCUGGAAUUGUUCCCCCAUCAUCCACCGACUCUCCGACUGACCUGGUCUUGCGCGGAGUCGUUCGUGUUGAGAAGGUUGAGCAUCCCGAACAGUACAUCCAGCCCCUCCUUAACCGGGUAAAGCAACAUCACAUGGAAAAGACAUAUGAGCUGAAGGGAUGGACAAACUCCACAGAGCUCUUGGAGCUCCUUGCCCGAAAGGCUGGUCGUCUCCUCCGUGGAGGCGAGCCUGAUUUAGACGGUGUGGCCAAGAUGAUCCUCAACGAUUUCAUGCGAGGCAAGAUCCCUUGGUUCACUCCUGCGCCAAAGGCUGAAGGUGAAGUCGACGGUAAGGUUGGAAACCGUGAGGGACGACUCGGAGAGAUGCCUCGGAAGCGAAAGCAAGAAGAGCCAGUAGAAGACGAAGACGCUGAGGCUGAGGCACAGCUUCAACAAGAAGCUGAAGCUGCUCUUGAGAAGGCUGAUGGUGCCGAUGAAGAGUCAGAAUUCGAGGGGUUCGGCAGUGAUACAGAGGAAGCGCGAUCAAGAAAGCCGUCCUUUGGAGCCACGUUAGAUGCUGAGAGUGAGGGCGAGAGUGCUGAGGAUGAAGUGAUAUCCAUCGGCGCCUCUGACGAGUUAGAAGAGGAAGAGGAGGUGGAGGAAGAACAAGCGCCUGCACCUGCGGUUAAAAGUAAAGGAAAGAAGACGAAGGGCGGUCCGCCUAGCAAGAAAAGGAGGACAUAA